AUGAAGAAGCUCUUGACAGCUUCGCCCUUGCACAGGGAGCAGCACGACCAGGUGGUACAGCACUUCGACAUGGAAGAUCCGGUGCAAGUUGCUGACCUCGCGGCUGGGAUCUCUUCGGGAGACAGGAAAGCCCUGCAGGAUGUCCUCGAAGAGAAAGAUGCAAAGAUCAAGAUCGAGAAGGUGCGCAGCAUCUUGGAAGCCGACCUCAGCACUGCGAAGCUCCAAUCGGAGGUCAAGAGCAAAGUGGAGGAGAAGGUGGCCAAGGAGCAAAAGACAAAGAUCCUCUGGGAGCAGAUGCGUCAGAUCCAGAAGGAGCUGGGCAUUGAGAAGGAUGAGAAGCAGACGCUGACCAACCAGUUCCGGGAUGCCAUCCAAUCCAAGGAAAUUCCAGAAGACGUGCAGAAGGUCAUCGACGCAGAGCUAGCGAAGCUGAAUUCUCUGGAGCCUUCGUCUUCGGAAUUCAAUGUCUGCCGCACCUACUUGGAGUGGCUCACAUGCCUUCCGUGGGGUGCGUUCACAACCGAAAACCGCGACAUCAAACACGCCGAAACAGUCCUGGACGAGGACCACUAUGGCUUGGAGGAUGUGAAGGAGCGGAUUCUGGAGCACAUCGCCGUGAGCUUCCUGAAGGAGCUGAAAGCCUUGGUCUCCUUCGAAGAGCCCGAGGCGGAUUUGGCACAACGCCUGGCAUUCGAUGAGCAUGGCAGGGCCGGCCUGGCACCUCUCGUGGCCUCGCUGCGGGCUGGCGAGCCGCUUCCGGAGCUUUCGGCCCUGCGAUGCAUCGUGCGAAUACUCGGGACGCUGGCGGGAGACCCAACAGGGGAUGCCGUGCUGCAGACCCACUCCAGUGGCUCUGAGCUCGCCCAGGCCUUGCGCUGCGAGGUACUGACUUCAGCCGUGAUGGAUCUGCUCCAGCUACGGCUGCACAGCUUUCCAAAGGAGGAGCAGCCCUGGAUGCUGGUGGAGGGCCUCAGGGUCUUGCGCCUGCUCCUUGUCGUUCCGGGGGAUGCCAAAGAGGCUGCCUGGUGGCUCGAGGACAGCUGUGGGCUCUUUGGCUGGAGUAGCAUUGCCACGGCGAAGCGGUACACGGCCUACGGCAACACGCGGCGACGGUUGGGCCAAGUGCUCGUCAGCCUGAUGGAGCUGAUGAAGGCGUCAUAUCCUCGAAAAGCAGACAUGAAAGUGGCCGCUUUCUGCGCGCUACAGAGUUUGGCGCUCAACUCCCCGGAGUCGCUCCGGCACUUGGCGCAGCUGCACGCAGCCAACGCCGUGGUGGCGCUUCUGCAGGCUCAGAUCCAGGCGCUGCCCUCUGCGGCCGCCUUCGCCGAGGGCCUCCGGGCCCUCGUUGCGCUCAGUGCGGGUCUUCAUCUGCGGCGAGUCAUGGAGGCUGAUGCUGUGAACAUCGCGGUGGAGCUGCUGAAGCGCAUGGAGGCACACCGCGAGGUGGUCGCUGCCGGCUUCGUUCUCCUGGCCAUCGUGGCAGAGGAGCAUGGCAAUCUCGACGACGAGACCUGGCGCCUGGCCGAGGAAGCUGCGAAAACGUGGCCCAAGGAGGUGAAGCAGGAUCUCUGCUUGGCACGCAGACCGCUGUCGGCGGGCUUCCGAGCGCUAUUGCCAGCGGAGCCAAAAUGA